AUAAAGUUUAAGGUUAUUUAGGCGAUAAAUACAGGACAAUUAAAAAUCAAAAGAAAAUAAGCAAUUAAGCAUCAUUGUUGUUGUAAUAAACCGAAACAGAACAGACAGCAAGCAGACAUAAGCAGUUCACGUGAAGGAAAAAUAGAAAUAAGUUCGAUCGCUCGGAAAAGUCGUUUAAUUAAUAAAAUAUGAGCUUCUUAACAAGAUCAGCAUUAUUUGCAAAUUCAUCAUUACGAAAUGGCGCUAAAAUUCUCAGUGCUGCACAACAAAAGCGUCAAUUGAAUGUUCAAGAGCACAUUUCAUAUUCCUUCCUCAACGAAGCUGGAAUUCCGACACCAAAGUUUGGGGUUGCUCAUUCAGCUGAGGAAGCGGAGAAGAUUGCAACGGAAUUGCAAACAAAGAACUUGAUAUUGAAGGCACAAGUAUUGGCUGGUGGUCGUGGUAAAGGAGCAUUCAAAAAUGGACUUAAAGGAGGUGUACGAGUCAUCAAUAAUCCACAAGAAGCAAAAGAAAUUGGUGGAAAGAUGAUUAAUCAAUUGUUGGUCACCAAACAAACUGGAGCUGCUGGUAGAAUUUGUAAUAAAGUUAUGGUAGCUGAAAGAAAGUUCCCAAGACGUGAAUUUUACUUUGCUGUCAUGAUGGAACGUGCUUUCAAUGGCCCUGUACUUAUUGCAUCAUCACAAGGUGGUGUAAACAUUGAGGAAGUAGCUGCUGAGAAUCCAGAGGCUAUUAUCUACGAACCAAUUGAUAUCAAUAAGGGAUUAACAAAAGAUCAAGCAUUGAAAAUUGCACGAACAGUUGGAUUAGAUGAUCAUUUAGAUACAACAGCACAAAUGCUCUUAAACUUGUACGAUCUUUUCGUCAAGAAAGAUGCAUUGCUUGUUGAAAUUAAUCCUUAUGCUGAAGAUGCCGGCGAAACUCGUAAGUUAUUGUCCAAAGAUCUGCCUGAAUCAUUAAUCUGCACCAAGUUUCUAUCUAAUAUAUCCACUACAUACAUUUUACUUACAAUAAUCAUAAUCACAACCAAUCAUUUUCUUCUUUUCUCAUUCAAGGCGAACAGUGUAAGUAAACAUCAGUUCAGUUCAUCAAACCUAGAUACUUUUUGGAAACGACUCAAAAUUAUACAUAAGUGUCCAAAAAAAAACCUAUCCAAGAUCAAAAUUAAUCAUUGAGAGUGCUUAGUGAAAUUACUAUGCGAAGCAAAAUUGUAAAUUGGCUAUUAAGUAGUUCUGAUGUUUUUUGUUUUAUAUUCACUAUCAAAUUUUUUUAUUUUUAUAUUUUCAAACUUAUUGAGUUUAAGACCUAAUAACACCAAUUAUAUUUUGUAGAUUUUGCACUCGAUGCUAAAAUGAGGUUUGAUGACAAUGCCGAAUUCCGUCAAAAGGAUUUGUUCUCGAAACGUGAUUAUUCACAAGAGGAUCAAAAGGAAGUUGCUGCUGCAAAAUUCGACCUUAACUACAUUGCAUUGGAUGGAUCUAUCGGAUGCAUGGUUAAUGGUGCUGGUCUCGCAAUGGCUACAAUGGACAUCAUCAAGCUUCAUGGAGGAGAUCCAGCAAACUUCUUGGAUGUUGGCGGUGGAGCAACAGCUAAUGCCGUAAAGGAAGCCUUCAAAAUUAUCACAGCCGAUCCAAAAGUUCAUGUAAUUCUUGUUAACAUCUUUGGUGGUAUUAUGCGCUGUGAUGUUAUUGCCGAAGGUAUUAUUGCUGCAACAAAAGAACUUAGUCUUACUUUGCCUAUUAUCGUUCGUCUUCAGGGCACAAAUGUAAAUGAGGCAAAGGAACUUAUCCGUAAAUCAAAAUUGCGCAUUUUACCAAAAGACGAUCUUGAUGAAGCAGCUAUGCUCAGCGUACACUUAUCUCAAAUCGUACAUCUUGCAAAAGAAGCUCAUCUCAAUGUACUCUUUGAAUUAGAUCCACUUCAUCAUCAUUAAACAGCUUAAAAUUAAUUAAUUAACCAUUUAUGGAAGCUUGAAGAAUUGGUGUUUUUUACAAGCAUAAAGUUUUAAAGGAUCUUCUUUUUCUCUUAAAUAUUUUAUUAUUUUUAUUUAUGUCAUCAAUGCACGAUAUAUGAAACAUAAUACAUAAAAAAACUAAGUCGCACCAAAAUUUCCUUUUUCAUUUUCGACCUUUUAAUUUUCCUAUGUUUCAAUAUUGAGAACACCAACACAAUUCAGCUUUAGAAAAUGAAUCCUUAACAUGUACUUUCUAUAAUUAUGAUUAUGAUAUGAUAAAAAUGUGAAAUUAGUAUCCCACUAAAUAAGAAAUUUCCUAGACGAUUUUAUCAAUUAACUUAUUUAUUCUUAAAUGUUAAAAGAAGCAAACCGAAAUAAAAAACACAAAUAAAUUGAUAAUAAAAGCAAAAAAAGUCAUGUGCUGAGAACUCAAGUA